UAAUCGCCAUUUUGUAGUAUUCUUCGUGGCAUUUUCUCAUUAUCUUGUGAUAUAAAAGCGUAUACAUCGUUUUCAGUACUAUAAACGCAUACAGUUCCUGUGUUUGAUACUGAUAGCUUCGGUGUAAUAACACUAUCUUUGAAGGGUAACUGUUAUAAGUCGUAAUAAUGACACAAGCCCAGUAAUGUGAACACCUAUAUAUUUGUUUAUGUACAUCGAUUAGACGCGGGAAAAUUUGGAUUGUUUAUCAAGAUGCUGGGAAAGAGGAUGCACCACAACAGCAAAGGAAGGUUAGCGAGCAAAGGGCACGACGGCAAACCAUCUAGCCCAGGAAUUCCACCGUACAACAAGCCAGCCAAAAUGCCCGGUUCUGUGUCUCUAGGCAAAACCAAGGUAGAAGCGUGCCCGAUUCCUUACAUCAGAAUUCAAGACAAUCCUGUGCAUUUGCCGCGGUAUACGGCUAUUGCAGCCAGAUCUGCUGACGAACCUAUAGGGAUGGAUGAGUUAGAUGCAUUGCAACUAGAGUUGGAAUCUUUACUCUGCAACACAGCACUCCGGGUGAGAUAUUUUCAAUCAGAAAUUGAAAGUAUUGACACAAAUGAAUCAAAACGGGAGAAAAAGGGUAAAGCUGCUGGCAAACAACUACAGUAUCCUGUCAAGAGGAAAUUUCAAGAUGACAAGCUUGUUAAGACCAAAGACUACACUAAAUUAUCCAACCAGCCCAAAAUGCCCAAAUUUAAGAAUUACCCAAAUCCUAACAAUGCAUCAUCUGGAACAUCACAUAAUAAUUACUCAAAUGAUCUGAUGAACUCUGAUAACUCUGUAAAACUGGAAAUGUCCCAGUUGGCACUACCGAAAAACAAUAUUCCAUACAAGUUUUGGAAUUCUGUCGAGCCCUAUUGUGCACCUGUAACAUUGGAUGACAUCAAGUUCCUGGAGUCAUUGCUAGCUCAAAGCAGUAAUACAACUUUACCCCCAAUCCCUCCUCUCGGCAGACAUUAUUCAGAAGUGUGGGCCGAUGAACAUUUGAGUGAAGACCAAAAUGCAUCUAACCCAAACAAACAGAAAUCUUCAGGGUUAUCUCCAGAUGCAUCUAUGCUGCGCAAGAAGUCUGAGAAGUUGAAUGACAAUAUGAUCACUGGCCCUUUGACUCAGCGGCUAGUGUCAGCUCUAAUGGAGGAAAAUGUACUUCCAUAUGAAGCUCCAGACAUCAAAGUGAAGCAGACUACCAAUGCUAAGAGCAACUACAAAAACUCCCUGACAUUAGAGAAAUGUCUGAGAAAGGAGCUUGUAGAGCAAGGCAUUCUGGAUCCAGAGGAUUUGCCGCCUUUGACCAAUCCUGCCGAUGAUGAAAUACUUGCCGAGAUAAAAAAAUGCCAGACUGAACUGACGGCUGUGAGAAAAGACAACUGUCGUAAUCUGAAGAACCUUAUAGGUUUGUGCAAACAAGAGAUGAUCCGUCUAAACCUAAAGAAACAAUUGGACCAAGUGGACAUGGAGUGUAUUGAUAUUUAUAAGAAGAUGGUUGCAGCCAAACAAAAGAAACGGCCAAUCACAAAGAAAGAGAAGGAAGAUGCAUGGCGUGCGAUAAAUGAACAGAUUAGGCUAAAUAAAGAAAUUAGUUCUUUGCCCCUUACAGGCCCCAAUACCAGCUAAUUAAGUAAAACUAGCAUUAAGUAUCAUCUUUAAUUUUAGCUUAAUAUUAAUAAAGUAUGUCAAGCAAA